UCCUGACAUCAUUCGACAUCGACAAGUGUGGUUAACAACCAGGACAGUAACUUGUGUAACUACUACCCUUUUUUUGUACAAUGGCUCAAAUACAGAAAACAAUUUUCCUCCUAUGCAUCGCCACCGUUUACGCAGCCAUAAUAAACAAUAUAUCCGACGAGAAUGUCUCAGCAGAAAUGGAAGAAUCAAUGACCAAAGACGAAAAUGCAGGACAAAUCUCAGACGACCCUACGAGCCCUAGUUUUGUAGUUUCCGAUGAAUUGCAAUCAAAUGGCUUCCAGAUGGGCAAAUCUAUAGUUGAAGGGAUACUGGGUCUGUUACAAAUAGUCCGACAAAUGGCCAUGAGUCAGGAAGGACUGAAGAAUAUGUCGUUUUUGCUGGGUAACAUGGUGUCGAUGUUCGCUGGCCGAUAUUAUGAGACGUUGAAGAGAUUUAUGCCUGUAUUUUCUGGGAUGGUCACAGCUUUACUUGAGACAUUGAGAUGAACAUACAACAUACCAGCUGCGUUUUGCCGGCCAAGCUGAUAAGCUAUCAAUUUCCAGUAGCGGUUAUUUCCAAUGAGUUAUAGUGAUUUAAUUUUUUACUAAUUAUUAAUAAGUUAUUGACAAUAUGUGACCAUUUUUAUUUUUGGAUUAAGCUACUUAAAAUUACUAGUUUAAGUACUUAUAUAAAAUUAGACAUCUAUGAAAUAGUGUGUAUUUUUGAUAUAAUCUCAAGCUUAAACUAGACGUAGGUUUUAGUGCUAUAAUACAAUUCUGAAAGUUUUUUUUAGUUUAGUCUUCACUACCAGAGUAUGAGUAUUAGUUUUAGAUUUUUUUUCGAGCGGCAAUGUAUUUCGUACAUCCACCGCAUCAUCACUUACCAUCAGGUGAGAUCGUGGUCAAACGCCUGCCUAUCGUUAUAAAAAAAAAAUACAUGAUCACGUGUGUCAGUUGUGACGUCGCGUCAUUAAUGAGACGUUUUGAAUUAAAACAAAGUAGUGAUACAUUGCUUGCUGAAUUCUUUUGUAUGAAAAAAUAAAAGUCGUCCAUUUUUGAUAAAACCUAUGAAAGUGUGUUAAUUACACCCUAAACUAACUAAAUAAAUAAAUAAUAUUAUAGGACAUUAUUACACAAAUCUACUCUACUCUACUGAAUCCACUGCUUUUGGAUUAUGUGGUCGUAUCAAAAAUACACGCUGUAUAUUUGUUUCCUGUUUGAAAUUAGAGGCCAAUACAGCAAUUG